UUCAUCAUCACUUUCUUUAAUUUGGUUCACUAAUGUACCCUUUCCUGAUGCCAAUCGGAUGGUUAAAAAUAAAACACGCAGAAUCAGAAUGGCAGCAAGAAAUGACCUGUUUUACCCCAUUGUUAGAUUCGGGUUGUUUCUUGCUUUUGUUGUAUACUUGUCUUGUGGGGAUUUCUGGAUGAAAUCUCAUGGAGCAACACAUAUGACUUUUGUGGAGCGGAAUGGGACCCAAUUUUUGGCAGAUGGCCGGGUCUUCUACUUUAACGGCUGGAACUCUUACUGGUUGAUGGACCAUGCUGUGGAUCAGGAUAGGAGAUCAAGAGUUAGCACAAUGCUUCAAGCUGGUGCUAAGAUGGGACUCACUGUAUGCAGAACUUGGGCCUUCAGUGAUGGUGCAUAUAAUGCUCUUCAGAUUCCCCCCGAGAAAUUCGAUGAAAGGGUAUUUAGGGCCUUGGACCAUGUAAUAGCUGAAGCCAGGAAAAAUGGGAUUAGGCUGAUACUCGCUUUGGUAAAUAAUCUCAAAGCAUACGGUGGGAAGACUCAGUAUGUUAAAUGGGCAUGGGAAGAAGGUCUUGCUUUAAGCUCUUCCAACGAUUCAUUCUUUUACGAUCCAAUCAUCCGUGGUUACUUCAAGAACUAUGUCAAGACAAUGCUUACUAGGAAAAACACAGUUACUGGAAUUAAAUACAGGGAUGAUCCAACCAUCUUUGC